AUGCCUUGCACUCAUCCCAACUGGACGUCUAGCCCCGAGCUACAGAGACUUCCUUUAUCCUGCCUGUCUGGACCAUGUCUCACCAUCAGUAUCUUUUGGCUAGCCUGGACAUCCAAAGCCAGCAUCCACUGGGUCGUACCCAUGAUCUCAGGCCUGCUGUUCGGAUUUGGUUACCAGGUCGUCUUCACUUCGCUUAUGACAUAUGUCACAGAUGCAUACAAAAUCUACUCCGCCAGUGCACUGGCAGCCUCCGUUGCCAUAAGAAGUAUUGCCGGCGCGCUUUUGCCCUUUGGUGUGAGACCGCUCUACAAUGCUGUAGGGGAUUCGUGGGCGACUUCUAUCCUUGGAUUUGUUAGUUUGGCAUGCAUUCCUAUCCCGGCUGCGUUGAUGUAUUUCGGGCCGUUCAUUCGGAGAAGGAGUCCGUUCGGUCAGAGAUUGUUGCUUCUGGACAAUGAGAGUAGAAGCACGACGUCGAGGACAUCAACAGAGGUGUGA